AUGUCGUCUCGCUUCUACGAUGCUGGCUCCGACUCGGAUUCUGACAGUGCAUCUGACUCGGACGAAUCCCUCGACCUCAAAAAGAAACCAACCAGUACAGCAAAGACCACAGGAACAGCUGCUCCAGCUGGUCGUAGCAAAUUCCUGAAAAAGGACGACUCGGAUGAAUCAACUGAAGAAUCGUCAGAGGAAGACGACGAUGACGAUGAAGAAGACUCAGACGAAGAAUUAUCAGAUGAUGAAGGUGGUGUCAAGAAGCCAGGUGAUGGCAAAGUAUCUCGUAAGGCCAGAUUCAUGAAGGGCGCUGCCGAGACAGACUCGGAUGAAGAUGAAGACGAGGAUGACCAGAAGAGAGUUGUACGUAGUGCUAGAGAUAAACGGUUUGAGGAUAUGAGAAGCACGGUCAAGUUGCUCAAAAAUGGAAUCAAGAUUAAUGAUUGGAUUGCCAUCUCUAAUGAAUUCGACAAACUCAACAAACUACACUCAAAACUAUCAGCCAUCGUCCAAAAGGAAGGAAACCCCCGCUUCUAUAUACGUUCCCUCGUCCGCAUAGAAGAUCUCAUCAAGAGAAUGAGUGCCGAAGAAAACAAGGACAAGUUGAAAAAGAUGAAUCCCUCCACGGCCAAGGCAUUCAGCACAAUGAAACAAAAGAUUAAGAAACACAACAAGCUGUUUGAGACUGAUAUCAACAAGUUACGAGAGACUUUUGUAGAUACCGAUGUAUCCGAAGAUGAAGCGGAAGCAGCCGCCGAAGCAGCAGCAGCAGCCUUAGCAGCCGAAGAAGCCAAAACCAAACCAAAAGGUCGAAAUGCCUUCCUCAAAGGUGGUGCAUCAGACGAAGAAUCAUCAGACCAAGACGAUGAUUUCGAAUCUGGAUCUGAUGAUGAAGAAGAUGGUGCUGCCGGUACCCUCAAAACUGAGGAUGGUGCUGAUGGUGAAAAGUCAGAAAAACGAAUUCGUAAACCUAAAAAAGUUAAAUUGGCAGAUGGUGAAGACGGUGAAGAGAUCAAUGAUUUCACUAUUGUUGGAAAAGGUGGUAAAGUGCCUAAGCUUUUUGAAGUUACUAUUGAGACCUUGUUUAAGAAGUUGAGAGAGUUGUUGGAGGCCCGCGGUAAAAAGAGCACAGACAAGGGUGUUCAAGUCACAAAUCUUAAACGAUUACAAGAAGUCGCCAAUACCCCUCACGCCAAAAUCCGGGUGCUGUUGGCCCUCAUCCCAGCUCAAUUCGAUUAUACACCAACAGCACUUGGCUAUAUGAAUGUGGAUGCAUGGCGUAAUACUCUGGCAAACAUUGCUCAGCUCUUGACGCUCUUGGAAGAGAAUCCUCACAUCUCUGUAGUUGAAGAUGUGGAAGGUGACGACGAUGAAGCUGAGACUGAAAAGAAAGCAAAAGCUGGAGAACAAGUCAGGUUACGAGGAAGUGUAGCAUCCUUCGUAGAUCGUCUUGACGAUGAAUUUACAAAGUCAUUGCAAAAUAUUGAUCCACAUACGACCGAAUAUGUUGAUCGACUUCGAGAUGAGACGUCCCUGUAUGGAUUAAUUGCUCGAACGCAACGACAUUUCGCACGUUUACGACAAUCAGAUUAUGAAGCUCAGAUUAUUAUGAGGCGUGUUGAGCAUCUUUACUACAAGCCUGACAGUGUCAUUCAAACAGUAGAAGAAGCCGCUCGUAAAUUGUAUCCAAUCUUGGCCUCAGAUCCAACCCCCGCCAGCGUCAUCCCAUAUUUCUGUGCCAUCCUAUAUAAAACCUCCUCAGAUCGUAUCCGUACCCGUGCACUACUCUGCCACGUAUAUCAUCAUGCCCUACACGAUCGAUUCUAUAAAGCCCGAGACUUGCUUCUCAUGUCUCACCUCCAAGAUACCAUCCAACACACAGACAUAUCCACUCAAAUCCUCUUUAAUCGAACAAUGGUGCAAAUCGGUCUAUCAGCCUUCCGAUGUGGUCUCUUCAAAGAAGCCCACAUGGCACUACAAGAUGUACAAUCGACUGGUAAAACCAAGGAAUUAUUGGCACAGGGCAUUCAAAUGCUGAAAUACUCUGAAAAGACGCCCGAGCAAGAAAAGCUGGAAAAGAGUCGACAGUUACCCUUCCAUAUGCAUAUUAAUUUGGAAUUAUUAGAGUGUGUGUAUUUGACGUGCUCUAUGCUGCUGGAGAUUCCGAAUAUGGCUAUGACGGCUCAGGAUAUGAAGAGGAAGGUUAUAUCAAAGCAGUUUAGACGAAUGCUGGAUUAUAAUGAACGUCAGGUGUUUACUGGUCCACCAGAAAACACUCGAGAUCAUAUCAUGGCUAGUGCCAAAGCGUUAGCUAAUGGAGACUGGCAAAAAUGUACAGAAUUGAUUUCGUCCAUCAAGAUUUGGGAUUUGAUGCCAAAUUCUGCGUCUAUUAAGGAGAUGUUGGGCAGGAAAAUCCAAGAAGAAGGCCUACGAACCUACUUCUUCACAUACGCUUCAUACUAUGAUUCUAUAGGCCUAUCAGAUCUCGCAUCUAUGUUUGACCUUCCAAUCCCAACAGUAUAUUCCAUCGUAUCCAAAAUGAUUAUCAAUGAAGAAUUGAACGCAUCGUUGGAUCAAGUGACCAACACUGUCAUCCUACAUCGUCCACCAGGCCAACUAGGCGAACUGACCCGCCUACAACUCUUGUCUGGAGUGUAUGCUGAUAAAGUGGGCAAUUUCGUUGAAUCCAAUGAACGAUUGCUGGAUGCACGAGCUGCUAUGCUUGGAUUAGCACAACGAGAUGGACCUCGUGAAGGCGGUGGACGUGAUCGUCGUGAUAGAGGAGAGAGAGGUGCUGGUGGUGAGGAAGGAGAGGGUGCUGCUGCUGGUGGUGGCGGACAACGACGUGGUGGUGAUGAUCGAGGAGGUGGACAACGCGACUCGAGAUCUGGAGGUGGUCGUGGUGGAUCUAGAGGGGGUCGUGGUGGUGCUGUAGGGAGUUACCGAGGGUCGAAGAGAUCAUAA